GCGAAGGUAACCAUCUUGCCAAACACUUUGCGUAGAACUUGCUAGCGAUCAGAUUCGUGUGCGUGUGUGCGACCGAAGAAAUCAUUGUGAAAGCCAUCUCGCUACAUCCAGUGUGUUUCGGAACGAGCGUUUUCCAUUGUUUUCUGUGUGUUUUCUCUGUGUGUUGAGCGAGAAAAGAAGAAGCAGCUGAAUAACAACAGUGGUCACCAGCGACAAACACGAUCGACCUCACAUUUCGAUCGUAAACAUCCAGCAACAAGGCGCCGCGAGAGCACACCCUCGGGGAAACUACCUUGUUCCCCCGCCAUAGUUCUGCCUCAACCCGGUGUGUGCGUGUGUGAGUGUGACCCAGUAAAAGCAGCGAAAAUGAUGGAAAAAUACAAGUCCUCUUUAGACAGCUAUAUGUAGCCUGGUGUCUAGGUGUGCGUGCGUGCGUGUGUGUGUGUGUGGUUACAAUUUUCCAAAUCUUUCUGAGCGAGCUGAAAAAGGUACAAGAAAGCGAACAAAACAAACUUGAUGCACUACCCGUAAGUGGUGCAUAUUUUCCGUUCGAUUACAUUCCGAAGGCAACGCGCGAUACAGCGAAGCGUCAGGAAAAGGGUGUUGUGCAGGGUGUGCAGCAGCAGGGAGCAACACAAAAGCUCGGGAGAAUAGAAGAAGAAAAAGCAACAAAAAAACUUGCCUCUGUGUGUGGUGCAGUGCGUCGUGUUUUCGGUGCGUUUGUGUGUGUGUAUGCGUGUGUUUGUACACAGUGCGUAAGUGCGUACGGGUGUACCUAUUUUCGUAUGCGUGCGUGAAGAGCCUCCCCUCUCCGCACUAGCUACUCGAGCUCCUCCGAAACGUGUUUUUUCGUGAAAAUGCGCUAGAAGUUUCCCGUACUUCUUGUUUCUUGUGGGGAAAAGUGUGUCACAAGCCACACGAAAGCAAAGAUAUCCUGUUUUUCUGACGCGCGCGCGUGCAUAUGUGUGUGUGUGAGAGAGAAAGAUAAUUAUUGACAAAAGCGCUUACAUUACCGAAGCCUGUGUUGAAGGUCAGCACAAGGAUUUCGACUAAGGAAAAGGUAUAAAUUGCCGCGCCGACAUCGAUGCAAAGUUUGCCGCUACCGUUACGAAAGCGAGGCCUCUACGAAUUGACGGUAAAAUUGAUAAUUUGACCAUAUAAACAAAGAAAGGCGGUGGAAGUGAACAGAACGACGACAACUACAACAACAACAUCCGACCAAGAAAAACAAGAAGAAGAAGCCCUCCGUCUGUGUACAAACGAAACGACGGGUGAAUCGUUUCGUAAACGCGCAUCCAAGUGUGCGUGCCAAGCGUGCGUCAGCAUCGUCGCACACCACUACACGGACAGCUCUGCUCGGUGACGCAGUGCUCUGCCUAAUAACAGUGUGUGUUUUCGAAUCUUCUUUCCGCUUUGUGCUGAAAAGCGGUUCCUGCUGACCACUGAACAAAUCCAACGGGAUAAAUAAAGGGUUAGAAAAACCCGCGGAUACCAACGCGAUAAACGAUUGGCGUUACUACCACUACUACUACUACUACGAUUACUUGCCAGGUAGCCGGCAAGGGCAAGACACGCUUUCUCCGUACUUAAAUGAGCCCGCAACAACCAGUCGCCUUCGUUGCCGUCGUCCCCGCCACCGCUAACAGCAGCAGCCAGCAGCACCGUAUUAAUAGCAGCAGUCGGAGCCGCCACCCCCAGCAGGUCGCGAGCACGAAACUGUUCAAGAAGAAGCUCUGCGUUCACCCGACGACCAUGUUCAGAAUCGUGCCGAUGAUCAGCAACGGCCUGAUAAGAUCGCCCAAGAUGGUCAAAUACUCAGCCGCCCCGUGCCGGAGUUGCCCGACGGUGUGCCACCAGCCACUGCUGUACUAAGAAGCGCGCGCGCGUUUGUGUGUGAGAGUGUGGUGUUACCGCGCCCCCCUGAUCACUGUUCGUCAGUCGUCCAGUUUGGCCAGUUUUGCAGCGCGCGGCCCCCUGUAGCUUUGUAAGCGUACCAUAAAUAAGGCAUCGUUUAACUAUUGGUUUGGUGAAACAGUUGUAAGCACUACUACACAACAACGAGACAAAGAGAGAGAGAAAAGCACAAGAACAACCUGUGCCGAACAUUGUGGAUUAUAAUAGCAAAACAUAUCGAAGAAAAUAUUGUUCAACAACAACACACAUAUACACACUAAGGAAAACCCAAUAAGAAACACAAGAGACCGUAAAGAUCGAUUGUGCAUCAACGAGAGGAUAAUCGUUGUAACUUCCUGCCCCCCACCCAUCAAGUUGGGCAUUGUUUUUGCAUUGACACACCUGGAAAACAGCUCCCCGAAAUCAAGAUGAAGCUGCUGGAAAGUACCCGGUUCGAGGCGGUCAACAACAAGCUGCACAUCCAGACCGGCGACAGCACGAUCUACGGCCGGAUCGAGUCGUACUCGUGCAAGAUGGCGGGCAACGAUAAGGCCCUGUACAAGCGGUUCACCUCGGAGCAGGCUCCGACCGAUCUGCAGGCCCUGUCGCCGCCGCAAACCCUGCAGGACAUGUCGCCCCAGAUCCUGCGCAGCAGCCUGUCCGGGGACGAGGGCGUCACGCUGUGUGAUACGAUUUCGCGCAAGACGCUGUUCUACCUGAUCGCGACGCUGAACGCCGCGUUCGAGCCGGACUAUGACUUCAGCGAUGCUAGGAGCCAUGAGUUCAGCAAGGAACCGUCGCUGCAGUGGGUGCUGAACUCGAUCGAGGGCAACCUGGGCCCGGUGGCGGGCGAACAGUACAGCAAGAUCCGCCACGCCCUCUGGACGACGAUCGAGGACGAGAUCUCGCUGAAGGACUGCGACAUCUACAGCUACAAUCCGGACCUGAACUCGGACCCGUUCGGCGAGCCGGGCUGCCUCUGGUCGUUCAACUACUUCUUCUACAACAAGAAGCUGAAGCGCAUCGUUUUCUUCCACUGCCGUGCGAUCAACUCGGUUUAUGUGGACUCUGGAUUUUCGAGCGAUUUCGCAAUGGAAGAUGACGAAUGUUACUAAAUGCCAGGACGAUUUGCCGACUCCCUAAGACAACCCUUAUGCGAGGGAUACGGCUAACCGAUCGAAAAGGAGACUUUUUCCCAUCCACGCGAUCGUUUGACCUUUGAUUAUAACUUUUUCUAACUUCUUUUAACAAUAGCUUUAUAUAGCAUCAUGACGAGACCAAAUUGCCGUCUGAUAUCGUUUUUUUUCCUUUUUUUCGUUUUCAAUUUGUCAACCACGAUGAACAUUUAAAAUUGUGUGUUUCAAUUACAAGGAGCUUAGUGUUUUUCUUAGCGAAACUUAACGAUAAAAAAGAGAGCACAUACAAACGCACACACGUACACACACCUUAUCUAUAACAGCGCUAAAACGAAUAAGCUUUUUGAACGUUUUGAGCGCAUUUGCAAACUUGAUCUACAUUACUUACUUUAAUUUACUUAUUUUCCCCCCUUAUUACAUUCUCUUUUUUCAUUCAAUUUAUAAUUUGUACGUUUGCCUGUGUGUGUGCGUGUGAUUUUGUGUUGUUGUGUGCUUUUACAAAAAAAACAAUUUACAAUCAAUUCUUUUAAGUUACUGUAGGCAUUAUUCUUCUUUGUGCGUGUGCUUUAAAGGCACCGAUUUUGUGGGCACUCUCAGCAAGAAGUCAUUAACAACCUCUACGUAUGAACAAUAUUUCUUCGAUAUACAUACAUAUAUAUAUACACACAAUGUAACGCUAGUAAUUCACACUACCCGGCAAUGUGCAAAGUGCAUCGCAUGCAGCAAAACAACAGCAGCAGCAACGUCAGCAGCAACAUCAGCAGCAGCACCGAGCUAUUAUUGCGGAAGUAUCAUGCUAAGAGUAGAGAGAAACAAAAAAGAAUUAAACAACAGUUUAAGCAGGAAUAAUACCAACCAAACCAAGAACCAAGACACGGCACCGUUACGUGAGGGCAGGUGAGAGCUGCGGCGUGAGAACUCGCGUAACGGUGAGUGCGCGAUGCUGGCAAUGUGUAGCCAACUGGAGCAGCGGGCGAGAGCUUAAUAAGAUAAAUACUGUUUAGUUUAGGUAAGGCGAGAAGGUAGGAGAAGCUAAGGGGGUGGGGGGGGGCGAGUGGGGUAUGGAAUGUUUGCUCCAUCUAUCAGUUCCCCGAGGUGGUGAGGCCUUCCUCAUGCCCGUGCUAUAAGUACAUGUGGUGAAUGCGCUAAUGCCGCUCACGAAACACAUGCUCUCGUGGAUUAUGACAAGAGACAGAGACAGACAGCGCAAAAAGGGCAAAGGAAGAUUUUAUUUGUGCUCAUAAAGAGCGGUCGGAAGCGGAACAACACAUACAACAACACACCUUCCAAAACAGGUAGCGUUUUCCGGUAGGGAAAAAUGUGUGUUUAGUAGUGUUUUCGAUGGAAUAAGACAGACACACGGCGGCGUGGAGUCAUUCUCCCGCACAGUUAAAGUGUUUUGUCGAGGGCUCACACAGAGGGUAGCCGUUAGUAAAAGCUUAGUGGUAAGGUAGUUCUGCUCUUCCGCGAAAUCUCCAGCCAAGCGUUUGUAUGUGAUCGUCCCUCGUGGUGACGAUCAACAACAUCCUUCGGUCUGUGUGGUUUCCCAGUUGGUGAGAUUGCCCCUGUUUGCUGUUUGCGCACGACGCGUGUGGCGACUUUUGUCCCCUUUCGCUGGGCUCUCCAAGCUGAGCUCGAGGGGGUAAAAAGAAGGAGCGCACAGUGAAGGAUAUAUCCUAUUCCAGCACUGCUAUCGUCUCCAUUUUUAUCACCAUCACCGCCACGAUGCCUCGCCCGCAAACAGGGAGCAGUGUGUAGGUACACUGAGAGGGAUAGGGCGGUUCCCGGCGGCAAACAUCGACGGGACGGGAAGUGGAGAAACCUCCCCCUGCAAACCAUCCUUGAAUGCACAUCACCAUUGUGUGAUGGGGGAAAUCGUCUCCAAACAAAAGGGCAUCGGCAUUGAAAACAUUAAUAGGGAAGGGCAUUGAUGACCUUUCGUUUUUGGUUUUUGUGCCCGUGUCCACCAUUCCCGUCCACCAUCGACAUUGUGUCCUGGUGUCCGAUGGUGGGACCGCACGUGAGAACUAUUUCACUGACUGUACCAAUUUUGUGAUAUUAGAUUCGUAAGUUUUAUUCGUCUUUCGCCCCUCAUCAGCUCAUCGGGUUCCAAUGGCUUUCAAUACCAUCCACAGCAAAACAGCUCUUUCUUUGGCAUAUAUUUUGUUUUAAUAGAAGGAUGCAUUUCCCUUCACACUAAAAGCGGUAAAUCUUACCAUACAAUGCAACCGUUUGCAAAUUUUAAACGUUCAUAGUAAUGCUGAUAUCCUUACAUACAAAAAGGACACAAAACAUGAUAAUCCCUAAGCGCUCUAUUGUAGGGAGACAGGCACGAUACAUCUCAGCGAUGGUUCCCAGGCAAAUCCGUAGUCGCUGUCACUGUCGUCACACUGCACAUCCGCAGUCUCGCGCGCUGUACGUACGUACGGGGUCCACACCGUGUUUGGUCGUGCUAUCUUAUCUAUCUAAUCACAGCGCAAGAUAGAUAGGUAGGUAAAAAAAAGCGCGGCCAAACAAAUAACAAACAUCUUCGUGAUUCAUCAAAUUACAAGCUCUGAAGUACAAAACCUCUACACGAAAUGUGAUAAGUAGCUUUUAGACCACGGGGGGACAUAAUAACAACCGAGUCGAGUUACCGGCAAAAGGGGGACAACCACGGCUUGCACGGAAAUUGCGCUCGUACGUACAGUAAGACGUGAGACGUGACAAAACGGGGCUCCUCUCUGUCCAGUCGAUCAGUUGGAAAUUGGAAAGCAAAGAUGAGAUGAGAUGUGGCUGAGCCGCCGUUCCCAAUUCCGACCCCACCCCGCACUACUAGCAGGCAAAAUGAUCUCGUUUAGGGAGGACAGUGUUAUUUAUCGUAACCUAGCAUUAUAUUAGCAGCAGCACUACGGGAGAACAGUGCUAUGGGACGGAAUUGAGGGACGCGCAAGAAGCAGCAUUAUUACAUUCAUGCCAGUGGUGCGGCAAGCUAUUUGCGGGUUUGUUUGGCAACGGAACCGUCACAGUAUCAGUCUGUAUCAGUUGGUAAACAUACGGAAUCAUCAAUUUUCAAGACACCACCUUGUUUUAUCUGCUGUUUAUCAUAAACACAUCUACCCUGAUAAGCAGAGCGUCCGAUGUAGCUGUUGUUUAACGGUGUAGCCAACAUUUGAGUAAUGUAAUCCUGUCCUUUUCUGCUAGUAGGAAGGAUAGGGGGAGCACAAUUUUUACGCUAAUCACAAGAUUAACGCAUGCAACUGUAUCUUUGGUGUGAGAAAGCAUCCGAUACAAACAAGUUUCUUUCGAUAUCGGCAACUUAAGUCGGUUAAAUAUGGACUAGAGAGAGCAAUGAAUGUCUCAAGCAUACUAUUUUUUCUAAUUGAAAUGAGCUGCUGUGUAUUAGAAAGUACCAGGUGAUCGAGAGGGCGAAUAUUUAAUAAAAGUUAUAAAUACACACACACACCUACACAUACUAUAUACAACACAACAACAGUAAAAUUAAACUAAUGAUAAAAAAACAGAAACGUUUCCGUAGGUGAACAGCGCAAUACACACAGAAAUGUCAAUGCAGCAGCAAAAUGUUAAUGCAAAAAUACACCAUUACUACUUUUUGAACCCUUGCAAACAAGCAAACAAACAAAAAUCUGCCCUUUUUCGAACCGUUCGAUAUCUUUGUUAAGGUUUAAACUCUCUAGCACUUGCACACUUGAAAGAUAGCAAUUCAGAAGAGAAGAAAGAUAUGUUAAAAAGAAAGGGCCAAAACAAAACAAUAGAAAAGAAGAGAAAUGUUUGCAGCAGCAAAGCGCAUACCAAGCGCUCGCGCGAAACCAAGCGAUGUAUGUGUGUGUGAUUGUGUGCACCACUUUAUCAUUAUUUUUAAUGUAUUCUCUUUAGACAAAUGCAAGAUAGCAGAGAGCAACAAAACACACCCGCGUAAAUGGUUAAGGAUAAUAAAAUAUGGAGAGAAAACAAAA